AUGAAGACUCUGCUGGUGAGUCAAUUGUUGCAACUAAUUGUCUGAUACUGUCUGGGCACAGAGGUGGCAGAGAGUGGGCACUGCACUCUGAUAAGGAAUGGCAGAGGGGUAAACUUUCCCAAACACAUGGUGUUGGCAUUAUUGCAUAUGCAGAGUGCAAGGGGUCUGCUUGGCAUGGUGUGGGGGGUCUGCUUGCAUGGGUGGGGGGGUCUGUUUGCAUGGGGAGGGGAGCUGUUUGGCAUGUAGUGGGGGGUUCUGCCUGGCAUGGUGUGAGGGGUGUGCUUAGCAUGUUGUGAGGUGUCUACUGGGCAUGGUGUAGAGGCUCUGCUUGGCAUGGUGUGGGGGUGCUUGGCAUGGUGUAGGGGCUCUGCUUGGCAUGGUGUGGGUGGUCUGCUGGGCGGAGUGCAGAAGGUCUGCUUGGCAUGGCUUGGGGGUCUGCUUGGCAUAUUGUGGGGUGUCUGCUGGACAGGGUGCAGGGGUUCUGAUUGGCAUUGUGUGGGGGUCUGCUUGGCAUGGUGUGAGGGUGCUUGGCAUGGUGUAGGGGCUCUGCUUGGCAUGGUGUGGGGGUCUGCUUGGCAUGGUGUCAGGGAUCUGCAUGGCAUGGUGUGAGGGGAGUCAGACAGAUCAUGCUGGGAUGUAAGUGGCCCCUGAUGUGAGGUCCUGCAGGGAAAUCUGAUCAGACAUGGAUCCUUAGUUAGGGGUAGUAUGAUGUCUGACAGUAGGUGAAUGUUUAUUAGACGUGUUAGUGACAGUCAGUGUGUGGUGCACAAGCUACUGUGCAACAUAGCCACAACUUGGGCUGAUAACAUGUUCCCUGAUAUUACCCAUACCCUGCAGGAGUAUAUAACUAGUACCCUAAUAAUAUAACUAGUACCCUAAUAUUACCCAUACCCUGCAGGAGUAUAUAACUAGUACCCUGAUAUUACCCAUACCCUGCAGGAGUAUAUAACUAGUACCCUGAUAUUACCCAUACCCUGCAGGAGUAUAUAACUAGCACCCUGAUAUUACCCAUACCCUGCAUGAGUAUAUAACUAGUACCCUGAUAUUACCCAUAUCCUGCAGGAGUAUAUAACUAGUACCCUGAUAUUACCCAUACCCUGCAGGAGUAUAUAACUAGUACCCUGAUAUUACCCAUACCCUGCAGGAGUAUAUAACUAGUACCCUGAUAUUACCCAUACCCUGCAGGAGUAUAUAACUAGUACCCUAAUAUUACCCAUACCCUGCAGGAGUAUAUAACUAGUAUCCUGAUAUUACCCAUACCCUGCAGGAGUAUAUAACUAGUAUCCUGAUAUUACCCAUACCCUGCAGGAGUAUAUAACUAGUACCCUGAUAUUACCCAUACCCUGCAGGAGUAUAUAACUAGUACCCUGAUAUUACCCAUACCCUGCAGGAGUAUAUAACUAGUACCCUGAUAUUACCCAUACCCUGCAGGAGUAUAUAACUAGUAUCCUGAUAUUACCCAUACCCUGCAGAGUAUAUAACUAGUACCCUGAUAUUACCCAUACCCUGCAGGAGUAUAUAACUAGUACCCUGAUAUUACCCAUACCCUGCAGGAGUAUAUAACUAGUACCCUGAUAUUACCCAUACCCUGCAGGAGUAUAUAACUAGUACCCUGAUAUUACCCAUACCCUGCAGGAGUAUAUAACUAGUACCCUGAUAUUACCCAUACCCUGCAGGAGUAUAUAACUAGUACCCUGAUAUUACCCAUACCCUGCAGGAGUACAUAACUAGUACCCUGAUAUUACCCAUACCCUGCAGGAGUAUAUAACUAGUACCCUGAUAUUACCCAUACCCUGCAGGAGUAUAUAACUAGUACCCUGAUAUUACCCAUACCCUGCAGGAGUAUAUAACUAGUACCCUGAUAUUACCCAUACCCUGCAGGAGUAUAUAACUAGUACCCUGAUAUUACCCAUACCCUGCAGGAGUACACAACUAGUACCUUGAUAUUACCCAUACCCUGCAGGAGUAUAUAACUAGUACCCUGAUAAUACCCAUACCCUGCAGGAGUUUUAGACUGAUAACUAGUAUCCUGAUAUUACACAUACACUGCAGGAGUAUUAGACUGAUAACUAAUACCCUGGUAUUACUCACACCUGCAGGAAUAUUAGACUGAUAACUAGAACCCUGGUAUUACUCACACCCUGAAAUAGUAUUAGACUCAGAAAUAGUUCUGUGAUUUUACCCUAUCCCCUGUAGGGGUAUCUGCUAGUGAACUGACCCCUUGCUAUUAUCCGUACCCUGCCAGAGGAUCAGAAUGUGAACUAACAUCCUGCUAUUAUCCAGCAGGAGUAUCUAUAUAUGUACAUAAACUGGUAUCAUCAAGUGUUAAGGCUGCAUGUGCACUGGUAGUCAUAUUCUGCAUAAGUAAUUGACUUUCUAUCAGUUGCCAUACUCUAAAGGGGCAUCUAGCUGUUGGUUGGCACUCAUACCCUGCAGGAGCAUCUGGCUGUAAGCUUGCAUUUGUAUCCUCCAGGGGCAUCUGGCUAUAAGCUAGGAUUUGUACCCUUCAGGGGCAUCUGGCUGCAAGCUGGCAUUCGUACCCUGCAGUGUUAACUAUGUGCUAUAACUCACCAUCUGCCAGGGUAACUGAAUAUAUGCCAAAAAUAUGUAUAUAUCAUAUUUAUUUUGCCAUAAAUAAUAAAUCUCUACAGGGCUAACUGACUUUGCACUAGUAGCUAUGCCAUACUUUGGUACCAUACUGUACAUCACCACUGUUACAUGCAGGGGUAGCUGACCUUAUACCCAGCACAUAUACCUUCCAGCUGGCACUGAGGUUGCACUGGCAUCAACCCCAGAAGAGGUGCCUGACUAUGGGUGUCUAACUACCAUGUCAGCUUACCAUGUAAAGAUUUACCCAGAUUAACCAGUAGGCAUUCGGCACUCCAGCUGUUGUGGACUACAUGUCCCAUGAAGCUCUUACAGCUAUAAUGCUGGCAAAGCAUCGGGUGAGAAGCCAUCCAUAACAUCUCCAGUGCCCGGUGUUGCCUACCCCGGCAUAGAGAACAGGGUACCUGCAUAUGUUUCAGCUCUUGUAACUUGCGUCGUGUAACUGGAUGAUGGGAGUUGGUGAGCUGUGUUUUCCAGUACCUGGGUAUGUAGGCGAGUCUGUGGAGUAUUUCUGACAGUGGUCUUCCUUUCUACAGCGCCAUGGCCUGGCAGUGUUCUUAGCUCUCAGCACCAUGUGUACCAGCUUGGUGAUCAUGUACAGUAAUAUGUACAGUGUGAAGGUGCAGCAGGCCCAGCAUGGAACAUCUAUAAGGAGCACCCCCAAGGAGUCUCCCCCCAGCCCUGUCCUAGAAGGGUACAUCAGCGUCGUAGACCACAAGGCAAGUAAAUAAAUCUAUCUGCGUCUGGCAGCCGACCAGACAUCAUCUCUCCGGCUUCUCUCUGCUCUCAUGUGAUUAAUGGCCAUCCUUGCAACUUUUUUUGGGAGGGGGUAGACCUGCCUGUAAGGGGGAUGUAUAACACCAUUGAUUUUAUUGGUGACAUGCGGAGAAACUUGUUCAAGUGGUGUUCGAUGGGCUGAUAAUAUUAUCACGUCUCCCAAAACCCACUGGCCCCCGUGACAGUGUGCGCGACUGGGCUUUAACCUCAGCCAGCCACGAUAGCCUUUGAAUGCCAGGGUGGCAUGAAUUACAUCGCUCUUUCUACUGGCACUUGUAAUGUUAAAAUAGAAGCCAAGGCUGCAAUAUGAAUCCCUUUAAUUUCCCAGGGCAGCCAACACAUAAUGCAAGAGGGAUUUUACAAGCACAUGCUCUAAUCAUUUAUACUGCCUGCCAUUAUUUGAUUUUACUCACCCCCCUCACCUCACACACAUUAUUGAGUUUCACAGCUUUUUGUACAGAAGCCAGGGCAAUUGUGAAAUUCAAUGCAAAUUUGUAAUUUUUUUUUAGCCCUUAAUUAUAGACGUAAAUAAUUACAACAAUUAAAAAAAAUGUUACAUUUUAGCACUGAUUGCAUUAUACUGCUGUAAGUUUAUAUAUCGGAUGUGUAACAUAAUUCUUUGUAGUUACAUGCAUAUUUGCCUAAAUUGAAGAUUACAUUUGUUGAAUUUAUACUAUGUUAUUUCUAAACAUUAAUGGGAAAGGGUGUCAGUCGAAAAGCAAGAAAUUAUGAAAACAGUCAAUGUGCAAUUUUGAAAUUCUACAGAAUAAUUCUAUUAGUGAUAUAGAUGCAUUUCUCUGCUCUAAAGAAGAAUGGGUCAUUGAACCUGGUACCGGUUUCUGUUUGUUUAGCACAAUGGGUGAGUGGAAGUGUGAAAAAUGUCUGUAAAGAGGGUGCUACAGACUAAGAACUCUUGAUAUUGAACCUAUACAUCUGGACAUAUCAAGGAAUGUUACAAACGCAUCCUGUGAUCCGUGAUAAGUGUGGCCGUUGUUCCCUAAAAGCCAUCUUUGUCUUCUCAAUUUUGUUAUCUACUUCUUCAGCCCUUUCUUAUAGUAGUCUUUACCUUACCUACAACUUCAGGUUAGAUCUCUUUUUGCUCCGUCACGGUAUGUCCAUGGUAGACUGCACCCUUUUUGUUAGUUUUCCUAAGAUGCUUUAAAUGUUUUAAGUUUCUGUCUUGCCACCUUUCUCUGGUUCCUGUUGACAUAUAUACGUGUAAGCAUGCAUUUCUAGGAUUCGGUUGCCUGGAAGUAUUUUGGAGUUCUUGUCAAAGCUGUUUCAUGGUGACUAAGUUAAGUUGAUGCUGAAGUCUCAUAGUGAUAUAGAUGUGCUCCUACCAAAGACUGGGUCUUCUUUUGAGAGAAUUGUAAAUGUGUGGUUCUCCGACAAGACCUUAUGCUGCGAUGUGUUAGUGUUGAUGAAACAUGCUAGCGUGGAACUUCUAGCUGUCUUUGUAUGUGAUAAAAAUAAGUUUGAAUGCCCAUAUAUGGUCUCUUGGGGAUGCCUAAUACUGUGUUAUUCAGGCUAUUACCUGGUAAUUAGUUAGUUUGAAAUUCUAUACCAUCUAGAGUACUCUCGAGUGAUAUAACUAAUUAUCCAAGUCUGGGUCGAGGUCUCUUGGACAUACGUUAGCUUAGAAAGUUAAAUUGGAAUUUCAUGGUGCCAUAAGUCUAUCACGUAUCACGGGUUCAUGGUACCAUCACAGUAAGUAUGCAGGUUUAGGUUGUUGCAUGAUCCCAUAGUUCCAUCUCAUUAACAGAGUUAUUGACUGAAAUGUGAAUUCAAAGUGCAUGUCAAAUUUAAAGUCAAAAUAGCCAAACUGGAACGAUUCUCCAAGUCAGUUAUGCUUUCAGCUCUGCUACUUUGGCCUUAAAUUUGAAAUUCACUUUCUCACAUCCAGUGAGUUCAAGUUCAGUCUGUGGUAUUGCCUCGUUAUGGUAAAUGUGAAGUCUGGGCAGUGGAUUGGUUUAUGGUACCCUUACUGUAAGUGUGCAAGUCAAUAAACUCCAAUAACAUCCCCAGACAGUAUUGUCGUAAGUACUGUGUGUGCUAACAAUAUCACAUUUAACAGGAUACCACAUUGCUCCCUGGUUUAAAGCCUCCUUAAAUGAUCAAUAGCUUUUGCUUCUCCAAAAGUGUGUUUAAUAUUUAGCAUUUACUGUAUCUAAGCAUUUGAUGCAGUUACUGUUGUACACAGCUUUGGAUCUGUCCUUUGGAAAUGUGGCAAAUAUAUAUGUAUCCAUAUACUAAGGUAACGCUAAAAUGUAGACUAGUAUAAUCCAACUGGUAUAUUGGAUAAGCGGUGUAAUUGCUCAGCAGUAGAAUUAUUUUUAAACAAAACUUUCACUGUUUGUAACUAAGGUUUUCAAGGCCAGCAGGUAUGUGAUAGAGUUCUCCCACUGUGAAGAGGUACCCUCCACCCAAUUAGAAAAGUCUACCUUCCCCCACGGGUCAGAGUUACAUAAAAACACGCCCAACAGCAGUAAACGAAACACCCCUUGGAACAUAACAAGGGACAACCUAAACCAUGAGGUCCAACCACCCCAGCCCUACACUGAGAAUACAAGACAACACUAACGUCAUAGCUCAGUGGGACUCUAAGAACAAAAUAUACGGAUUCAAUGUAAUGAUCCCCUUAUUUGUCAUACUUUAACAGGCAUAAGAAAUAGCACCCUGUUUUGGGAUACAAAUGAUGAAUAUCGCACUGUUGACGCCUAAUGAGGUUUUGUUUACUCAAACUUCUGUAGCGAAACAAAUGUUAAUGUCUUGUUCCUCUGAUAGUCUGUAACUGUAUAACUUUCUACCUAUUGACAAAAAACAAUAAACAAAGAUUGACAAAAAAAAAAAGGAGAGUCUACCUUCCUGUUAGGAGAAUAGACGAACACUGGUGUACGCUAAGCCCGACAAGAAAAAAUUAUUUUGUUUUUUAUAUUCCUUUUCACUGAUAUCAUGUAUAUAUUCAAGAUAUUCAAGAUCUUUGUGUGCUCUCAGAACCAGUUCCGACUGGUUCAUUGGAAAAGGUUAGUCAGAGGGUAUUGGCUUUUUGGGAAUUGGCUAUUUGGCUAACAGGAAUUUCAGUAUGCUUACAAAAUACACAGUGCACUAGAUAGCCAGGAACGUGCUGAAUUGUGCGUACUCACUGGCACUCUGUCUUGGGAGUUUUGCUUAAAAAAAGACUUGUCAAGCACACUGACUGUCUUGGUAAUAUUGCCGUUUACAGAAACACAUAAAAAUGCAGAAUGCCUUUACAUAGCAAAUCUUGCCAAAUGGUCUGGGGAUUAGGUCAUUGGCUGCUUGGGUCCAGGAUAAGGGCAGAUGGUUAGGAUAUGCUUAUCAAGUCUUCUGUUUGUACCAGGCCCUUCAAUAAGAACUUAUUAUUUUAUUCUGGUAGAUCUUUGGAGAGGAAAAGUCACAAUGAUUGUGGCAAAGAAAAUGUUAAUAGAAUAUAACAUUGAUGCCGAAAUCUUCCCCAAGUAGAUCAAAGCAGACGAUGCAUUAUUUUUUUAUUUUAUGUAUUUGAAAAAAAAAAAAAAUUACAACUUCUCAGCCUUUCACUCGUACACAUUGUAUCCACAACCCUCCAUGCAAAUCGGAUGCAUAUAUCAGAACUUCACCCAUUUCAAAGACAAGGCUCACAGCAGGAAGCACAGUUUGCCUCUAUAUUAGGAUGUGCGGUUAGUGUGCUAUCAUUAUAAAUUAAUAGCACGUAGUCCAGAAGUUACAAAAUAGCCAAACAUCCCAAUCUGCCUGCUGUACGCAGAUUCAUUACAAGCAGUCCGGCUUUAUUUGCUAUAAACUGCACAUUUACAAUUUACUGAGUAAAUUAGAGGCCUUUGGCCUUGGUCGCAGAUUGGAAUUAAGCACAAAUUGUUGUUGACCAUGCUUCGAAAAUGAGUUGAUGCUUCCCCCUUCUAUAAUGUAAUCAUUUGUUAAAGAUUCUAAUAGAUGAUAAAAAAGAGCAUUUAUACACAUAAUAUCGACUACGUAUCAUCACACGCCUUUGACAUAUACAUAAACAACGUAACAGAAAUAAAAUUAUAAAAUACAAAGGAAUUUUAAAAAAAAAUGUUGCUCCCAGUGUAUUACCCCUUCUAUAUCCCUCAACAUUUUAAAUACAACUUUUUCAUAGUGGGUGUGGCUGGAGACGUGAGCAAGGGUGGGUCUUUACAAUAAGAAUUUAAAUGUAAUAAAAAAAUACUUAUUUAGAACAGCACAAGAUUUAUUAACCUGUUGCUUUGCUAUAUCGAAUUAUAUAUCCGACAGAAUGUUUUAACUAUUGUGGUCCAAUGUCGGAUCUUCCUUGGAGAGUACCGCAGAUCCUCCGUGCCGGGUGCGACACUCACCUUCGCAGUACCUAGCAUGGAGGAUCGGCAGUACUCUCCAGGGAGGAUCCGACAUCAAACCGCAAGAGGUAAAAGAUUUUGUCAGAUAUAUUCCAACAUAGGACCGCAAUGAGUUAAUAUAAACUCAUUUUUAAAGUUAUAUAAUAUACUUUGCAGAGGAACUGUCACCGUUAAAGAAGUAACCCUGUUCCUUCAUCCCAGUAAAUGCUAUUCCAGCAUUUACUCGUGUGAAUACAGCGGCGGAUGUAAGUUAUAAAGCGUACUUAGCUCUGCCGCACUGCCGCAAUUUGCGGGCUUCACCGUCCCAUGAUAACUUCAGGGUGCAUGCACAAGCAUUCUGCCAUCUCACAGAGAAAUUCUAUUUGCACUGACCGACAAAAGUAUGUCAGCUAAAAUAUAAAGAAACAAAAGGCUUGGUUGCACUUAACGUGAGCAGGGGACAGUUUGCCUUUAAAGACGCAUUAGUGUUGCAUACCAAAAUUUCUGAGCUCCCAGUAAAGAGACACUUGGAUAACUGGACAAGUGGAUUUUGAUCUCAAACAGGGGCUCUCCCUUCUAAAAAAAAAUGAUAAUUUGUGCGGUAUGAUUCCAGUCUAGCUUGUAAUAAUUGUGAUAUAUAUGGUUUAUGUUUGAAAAGGAAAUUACAUGAUUUUGCUAUUACACGACGAAAAGUCAUGAUUUUAUUAAAGACACAGAGGCGAGUAUUGCAUAUCCCUUUCUUUACUGUUCACCAAGAAUAUAAAAACAGUAAGAACAAAUGGUAUACAUAGUGAUAAGCUAGUCUCAUACCAAGUCCCAGUAUAAAAGUCAGCACCUCCCUUCAUACUUCCUCUUUCUUUAGAGAUGCGACCACAAUUAAACUUCAAACAGGAACCGAUGAAUCAGUCCAACCACACAAUAACCACUGUCUUUAAAUCCAGUCGGAGUCCAACCAGGUAACAAUCCAAUGAACUGGGACAAAUCCAUCACAGGAAACAAGAAACGCCAACAUAGAGGAUUCUGUUAUACAAUAAUCAGUCGAAAUCCAUCAAACGAGUCUGAAUUAGACUGUGAAAGCAUAAAUAAACAGGAGCCACACGGUUAUUUCGGUCCUCGUAAAUAUAAGGGAGAGACAGUCCCUUCUUAUCAGACAAUCAUGAAACCCAAGAACAGCCAAGUGUAAUAAUAACCCCACUUACCUUAAUACCAACCUUCUUCAAUCACAAACAUACCAGGGAGAGAAGACGUAAACCAAUUCAGAAGUGUUUCUAGGGUGGGACUAUACUCGCCUCCGUGUCUUUAAUAAAAUCAUGACUUUUCAUCAUGUAGUAGCAAAAUCAUGUAAUUUUAUAGCAAGACACGGAGGCUCAUUCACCGGUCGGAAAUAAAAUUCACGGAAAGUAGACUCCCGAGACCAGUCGGCCAAUUUCAUCAGGCCCUCAAACCGUGUCCCCGAGGUAAUCAUCGACGAGUGGACUCCAAAGCACCCCGGACCGAGUGGGCUCCAAAUAACGAAGUGUCCACUCCCGCCUGCUGCAAUGCCCAUUUCAGCCAAGGAGCCAUGGUAGUACUCAUCACUGGGGGGAAAAUGGAGGUAGAAAGGGUAGAAAAAUAUGAGGGGUAGAUGGCGACCGAUGGGGUCCAGUGUGAAUCUCAUACUCCCGUAAACAAGCCACCGGGCACAACACUGGAUUUGAAGGGAAAGCCAGAUAAGAAACCGAUCUAAUCAAAGUCUUCGUGCGUCUGGAUAUAUUAAAAGUCAGGAGUGAAGGAACGAGCGUUGAAAUCCAAUGCACGAACAUCCAAAACCCUCUUACAGGAAACCAGGCAAAAGAGAGUGACCAAUUUCACCGACAGUUGGCGUAAGGAAAGGUCCGAAUUAGAUGGCCAUGAGGCAAACCGCGAUAACACGAUGGACACAUCCCAAGUAGAGGAAUACCGUGGUCUAGGCGGGCGAGAGAGGUGGGAGUCACAAAAGAGCCAGCAUACCAAGGGGGUGUUAUCCUGCCAGACAACCCUUGAAACCUUGAUGGGCCAAAGAAAUAGCUGCCCUAUAUACGUUUAUCGUCUGGUACGCUCGGCCAGCUUCAAACAAAGACGUGAGAAAUUGGAGAAUUGCCUUUACAGGGGCUGAAAUGGGAUCCAUGUCCCCAGCCAGGCUCCAGCCAGCCCAAGAUCUCCAAGCUGACCCAUACAAUCUUCGAAUUCCGGUAGCCCAUGCAUCUGCCAAGAGGCGUUGAGUUGCGUCCGAAACUCCCCUGAAAUCCACCAAGCCAUCAACAGUAGGCAGCCUUCCAGGAAGAGAGGAUGGUGACAGGCUGCUGGAUCCCGAAUCAGGUCUGGAGGGUUCGACAACAACCUGGGAACAUCUACUCCUCCUGAAGUUGAGGAAACCAUGACUGAGUCCCCCAGAAUAGGUUUAAGAGGACCAGCUCCGCAACUUGGCGGCAAAUCUGCAGCAGCACCUUGGGUAGCAUGGCAAAUGGAGAGAAAGCACAGAGAAGAGAACCGUGCCAAUCUUGUAGAAAAGCGCCCACCGCCUCUGCGGCUGGAUUCGGCCACCUGCUGAAGAAAUGGGGUAUCUAGGCAUUGAGUCAUGAGGCAAACAGGUCAAUGGCAAUAGGACCCCAGAGGGAUGAGAUAGUGCAGAAUACCUCUACUUCCAAUCUCCAGUUACUGCUGCCUGAGAGAUACCGUGAAUUCCAGUCCACCUGGAUAUUGUGCAGGCCCGGUAGGUAUUCCGCCUGGACCACCAAAUUCCGUGCUAGACAAAACUCCUAGAAAUCCAUCGCCAAGUGAGCCAGCAAUGCCAAGUGAGUGCCGCCCAUGUGGUUGACAUAUCGAACUGCUGAUAUGUUGUCUAUCUGCAGGCAAAUGCAGGUGUUGGCAGUCCCUUUCGCGAAACUCAGAAUUGCAAAGGAUCCCGCCAGGAGCUCCAAAGCAUUGAAGUGCAUUUUGGAUUCGCUCUCCGACCAGCAUCCUCCUGUUGACACACCCUUGCAGUGGGUGCCCCAUCCGUGGAGGCUCACGUCCGAGUCUAUGGUGAAUUCUGGCUGCGAUCCGUAUAUGGCCCUGCAGUUCCAUGCACAAAGGUUGUGAAUUCACAAACGCAAAUCGUCCUUCGUUUCCUUGUCUAAGGAGACCAGAUCCGCAUAUGAUGCUCCCUCGUGGGUUAGAUACCCAAACUAGUACUCCAGAAGGGACAGGGGGGAACUCACCAGGGCCCAGACCAGCAUCUAGAGACACAAGGCAGGAAGAGGCAGGCACAGGCAGAAAACCGGAAAGAAAACGACGCGAGAUCACAGAAUUGCGAGAUCACAGUGAAAAACCCACAAAUUUGCAAGGAAAAAAUCCCGUGACCAAGGUGCGUCCACGUUCCGAAAACGUCUGUUAG